AUGGCUCACUCUUGUUCUGAAGAAAGAACCCAAUGUGCCCAACCCAAUGUGGUUUCUUGGAAUAUGGUUUUAACAGCUCUGGCGCAAUGUGGGAGGAUUGAGGAGGCCAGGAGGCUGUUUUGUUUGAUGCCCGAAAGGGAUGUUAUUUCGUGGACCGCAAUGGUUGCGGAGUUUUCAAGAAAUGGCAGGAUCGAUGAAGCUAGAGAAGUUUUUGAUAGGAUGCCGAGAAGGAAUGUGGUGUAGUGGACUGCAAUGAUCACGGGUUAUGCUCAGAAUGGAAGGCUGAAGGAUGCUCUUGAAUUGUUUGAGAGGAUGCCGGAGAGGGAUAUGCCUUCAUGGAAUACGAUGAUUACUGGCUUUAUUCAGAAUGGGGAUUUAAAGCGGGCAUGGAACUUGUUUAUGAAAAUGCCACAGAAGAAUGCUAUGUCCUGGACUACAAUGAUCACUGGGUGUGUACAAGAUGGAAAAAAUGAAGAUGCAUUGAUGAUUUUCAAAAUGGUGGCAGAUGAUGGGGUGAAACCUACAGGAACUUUUGUUAGUAUCUUGAGUGCUUGCAGUAACUUAGCUGUCCUUUGUGAGGGAUGUCAAAUACAUCAGAUGAUAACUAAAACAGUUUAUCAGGAAUGUUUAUAUUUGGUGUCUGCACUCAUAAACAUGUAUUCAAAGUGCGGGGAGUUAGUCUCUGCUAGGAGGAUGUUUGAAGAUGGAUUGACAAUCCAUAGGGAUUUGAUCUCCUCAAACGGAAUAAAUGCAGCCUAUGCACAUCAUGGAUGUGGUAUUGAGGCAAUUAACUUUUAUAAUGAAAUGCGGCAAUUGGGGUGCAAACCUGAUGAUGUUACUUAUGUGGGGCUGCUUUCUGCAUGCACAGGUUUGGUGGAGGAGGGACUAAAUCUUUUUGAUGAGCUUCUUAGAGAUGGGUCAAUACAAGUGAGGGAAGAGCAUUACACUUGCUUAGUUGAUCUUUGUGGUCGAGCAGGAAGGCUGAAGGAGGCUUUUGGUAUCCUCGAGAAGCUUGCGACCAACCCAUCAGCAUCUAAGUGGGGCGCUCUUCUUGCUGGAUUUAUUGAUCAUCAUAACAUGGAUACCGGGAAGCUAGCUGCAGAGAAGCUCUUAAAGGAGGGACCAGAUGAUGCAGGCAGGUACUCGUUGUUGUGGAAUUUUUUUGCUAGAUCUGGGAAUUGGAGAGAAGCUGCAAAGAUGAGGAUAAAAAUGAAAGAGAAGGGGUUCAAAAAGCAGCCCGGUUGCAGUUGGAUAGAAGUUGGAAAUAUGGUGCAUGUGUUUGUGGUUGGUGAUAAGUCUCAUUGCCAAUCUCAACUUAUAUAUUCUGCACUUUACGAUUUACAUAAACAAAUGAAGAAGAUUGGGUAUAUACCAAGCAAUGAUUUGAAUGUACAUGAAGAUUUUUCAAUUACAGGAAUUCUUACUUGGGAUAUCUUCAGACUUAUAUAGGCAGAAUUAAAGUGACAUGUGGACUCCAUAAGAUCUGACAGUAGAGGAGUACAGUGGGGGCACCUGAGUUUUUGCGAGAUUGGCAUUCCAUUAAGAACAAAAAGCUUAUGGAUAAAUUAUGCACCUGAAGCAGCACUUGUAAGGCUUGUUUUCCAGGCAAGCUAGAGCAUGGGGUUGGACUAUUUAAACAAAUCUAAGUGAUAGCAUUAAAUUGGGUUAAAAUGGAUCAUACACAGUCAAGUACUACUCAAAUCAUUCUGUGACAGUUGGAAUAAGUUGUUGCAACAACUGAUGUUAUCUGCAGCAGGAUAAAACUAGAUUCUUCCCUCACCCUCCAGUAAUCUCAUUACAGCAACAAGACCAUCUCCUCUAUCUUCAGGGAAAGCUAAGAUGGGGAUAUUUGUGUGGUUGAACUAAAGAAAGUGGAGGUUUUCCAUUGGAGUACGAAGCUACAGUUGUAGUUUGCCAUUGGAGUAAGAGGCUACACCUGCAUUGCAACUCUAGACUUAUGUUCCACUGAAAGGCAUGGUCCCAAACUCCCAAUUUCCAACUAAUACAGUUUUGUGAACUACAAAACAUAACUUCUAGCGUUUGGAAUUACAAAUAUUGAUCGACAUCCAUUCUUAAACAGGAUCUUGACCAAUAGUUAAUAGAAUUAGAUCUCAUCUUAGUUUGUGAUACUGAUAGGUUGAUACAUAUCACAUCUGCAUCGUAACUCAUGAAUUGAUGGUGAAAAGUAAGAAAUAUUUGCUUCUGUUAUCAGUACUCAUCUUGUUUGCAUCCCCAGUUUCUCAUGUUUUUUAGGUGGGUUUUUAAAUGCUUCUUUAAAUGCCAAUUUAUUUCUAGUUCUUCAUUAUCUCCAAUGUUCUUAGGUUCAGCAGCUUGAUUUUUUUAUAUUUCCCUCGUAAUACUUCUAACUGCAGUCUUCACUGGACAGCGUUUGUAUUAGAGUUAUCUUGAAGGAGCUUUUAAUGUAGAUGAUUUGUCUUUUUUUUUUUU